CGGCACAUUAGCACUGUGUCUCUCUCGCAAAGCACUUCCUUCUUCUUCUUCUUCGUUUUCGCCAUUAACAAACACCAAUCGAAGCUUCUCUACUCAAACUUCCAUUUCUUCAGUUCUUCAUUUCUUCAUCAAUCUCUCUUUGGCCUCUGCAAAUCCUAAUUCCUUUCUUCUCCAAUGGACAGAGCCACUCCUGUUCGGAAGCCUCACACCUCCACUGCAGAUCUCCUCACAUGGCCUGAACUUCCUCCCGCCGAUUCCCCGGCCUUUCCUUCGUCUGCUUCUCGCUCCGCUCCCAGGUCUCAUCAGCCCUCCGAUGGAAUCAGCAAGGUCGUCUUUGGAGGCCAGGUUACCGACGAGGAGGUUGAGAGCUUGAACAAAAGGAAACCCUGCUCUGGAUAUAAAAUGAAGGAGAUGACUGGCAGUGGCAUUUUUGUUGGUAACGAAGGAGAUGAUGAGCAAGAAUCUGGAAGCGCCAACCCUUCACAGAGUAAAACAGGAAUACGCAUGUACCAGCAAACACUGGCUGGAAUUAGUCAUAUUUCAUUCGGUGAAGAAGGUGGUGUUUCUCCUAAAAAGCCUACUACUCUACCUGAGGUUGCGAAGCAGCGUGAGUUGAGCGGGAACUUAGUAAGCGAUGCCGAUGAGAAGCUGAAGAAGCAGCUCUCUGAUGCUAAGUACCAGGAGCUUAGUGGACAUGGCAUAUUCGCUCCUCCUCCUGAGAUUUUGCCUCGACCUACAACUGCUCGCACUUUGGAUUUAAAAGGAAGCAUCGAGAUUGGGGAGCCUGAUGAUAGAUGUGUGAUCCCCGGAGAAGAACCUUCUGUAAAAACAGCAAAGAAGAUUUAUGAUAAGAAAUUUUCGGAGUUAUCAGGAAACGACAUCUUCAAAGGUGACGUUCCUCCAUCGUCAACAGAGAAACCGUUGAGCAUGGCAAAGUUGCGAGAGAUGAGUGGGAGUGACAUAUUUGCAGACGGGAAGGUAGAGGCCCGAGACUACUUAGGCGGGGUACGCAAACCCCCGGGUGGCGAGAGCAGCAUUGCCUUGGUCUAAAUCAUCGAGGUUUCUAACAAAACUCAAUACUUUUAGAUUAUGGAAAUUGUGAUCUGGUUUGGGUGAAAUAUGUUGUUAGGUUUAACUUUGUGAGUCAACAACAACUAUGGAGUCUGCUAAUUGGGUUGUGCGUCCAUAAUGUUUUUGUUCUUGGUUGUGUGUAUGUCUGUAUCUGUAUCUGUGUCUAGUAGUAGCUCAGUUUUAUCUUGGUUGGUUGUCUUCGCCUAUUUUACUUCCAGCUUUUGAGGUUCAUUUAUUUAUCAUUAUAUUCAUUAAUUGAUUUUGCCUAUGGUGCUGAAAUGUAUUUU